AUGGCUUUCCGGGUGUUCUUUGCCCUUUUUCUCUGCCUGGUUCUUGCUUUGCGCAGCAAUGCCUGCGAGAAUGGGCGAAUCCAUCCUAAAGUGUUCAUUAUAACGAUGUUCGACCUGGAAGCACAAGUAUGGUUCAAUAUCCCCGAGUUCACCCUUGACCGCAAACUCGUCUUUCCUGGACUCCCGCCGAAAUAUCCCAGUGUCAAUUGCACCAACGACGGGAAUAUCUGUCUUGUGACGACCGGGCAGGCCGAAGUCAACGCAGCGUCCACAAUCUCCGCCGUUGUUUAUUCGGGAAACUUUAACCUCACUUCAACCUACUUCCUCGUUGCAGGCGUUGCGGGAAUAAACCCCAAGCUAGCGACAAUUGGCGCAGUGACGUUUGCGAGAUAUGCGGUUCAGGUUGGCGUACAGUUUGAGGUGGAUGCACGACAGAUUCCAAGCAAUUUUUCUACUGGCUAUUUUGCUCAAGGAUCGACUGGGCCUGGCCAACCUCCUAGUGUUGAUUGGUGGUACGGAACAGAGGUAUUCGAACUGAACGAUGCUCUGCGACAAGCCGCCUUCAACUUGACAAUGCCUGCUAUCUUAAACGAUAGUGUCACUGCUCAAGCUGCCCGAGCGCCGUAUAGCACCGCAUCUGUGUUUGCGCCUGGCGCGACCGACCCUAAAAUUGUCCUAUGCGACACAGCGACAUCAGACACAUAUUGGAGUGGCGAUUUACUUGGUGAGAUGGUCGAAAACACAACAAAAGUGCUCACAAAUGGGAAUGCGGUCUAUUGCACGACCCAGCAAGAAGAUAACGCGACCUUGAACGUUCUAUUCCGGGCGACAUUGGCGGGAUUGCUGGAUUUUAGUCGCGUCAUCGUCAUGCGCGCCGGAUCUGACUUUGACCGGCCAUACGCUACGCAAACGGUCAUAGACAACUUGCUGGGGCCUACACCGGGCUUCGCACCGUCGCUGAUGAACCUUUAUCUCGUUGGGAUCAAGGUGGUGGAGGGAAUCAUCAGUCAGUGGGAUGGUAGGUUUGCUGCAGGAGUGAAACCCAUGAAUUACAUCGGAGAUGUAUUUGGCUCCCUUGUUGGUGAUAUCCAGCCAGAUUUUGGACCCACUGCAUGUAGUAAUCAAUAG